GGCAAGUCUUGGUCGUCAGAAACGCUCAGGGUUGCAGCAGAACAUCCCCCUUCGUCUCCUCCCCUUCCAUCGUUUCUCUGUUUUUAAAACAAAAACCUCACGCAUCAUCCAUUUUUUCACUUCCAUUCUUCCUCCCCCCCCCCCCCCCGUUUUUUUUUUCUUCUUCCGAACUGUGGUUGUUUUUUCCGCGGCCAGGUGCAUGCAUUGUUCGUCUCCCAAAAUGGUUUGCGAGACUAAAAUUGUUGCGGACGAGCACGACGCUAUACCUGGGACCAAAAAAGAGUCGAUCAUGUGGAGCUCCCCUCCGUCCAGCGCGGCUGUGAACGCGGCCGAGGCCCGGGAUGUGGGGAAAGACGCGGUGUUUAUCCGCGAGUUCGAGCGCGGGGACCAGGAGGAGGUGCGGCGCAUUUUUUACGAGGGCAUUAUGGAGAGGAUACCCAACACUGCGUUCAGGGGGCUCAGACAGCAGCCCAAGACUCAGUUUUUAUAUGCUCUUCUGACAGUAAUGUGCUUUUACGUGACCAAAUCCGUCACGCUGACCUGCUGUGCGCCUCUGUUUCUGGUGGGCGCGCGCUACUACUACAGCAGGACGGUUAUCCAGAGUUAUCUGGACUGUGCUCUGAACACGGACAUGGCUGACAUAGAGGCCUAUUACAUGACACCCACAGGCUCCUGUUUCUGGGUGGCGUUGCUGGACGGACGCGUGGUGGGGAUAGUGGCGGCGAAAGGACGCGAGGACGACAACACGGUCGAGUUGCGGCGCAUGUCAGUGGACUCCCACUACCGCGGCAAAGGCAUCGCAAAGGCCCUGGGUCGUCGCGUUCUCGAGUUUGCCCUGCGCAACAACUACGCCGCCGUGGUCCUGGGCACGACAGCCGUCAAGUUGGCCGCCCACAAGCUGUACGAGUCGCUGGGCUUCCGCCGAACGGGCCAGAGCGAGGAUUACAGGCUUCCCGGGAUGAGCCGCUCGCCGCUGGAGAGGCUCUUUUUCCAGAUCCGCUACAGCCGCUACCGCCUGCAGCUCCGUGAGGAGUGAUAGGUGACAGAGAGAGGGAGAGAGAGAGAUGGAGAGGGGGGAGAUGGAGAUGAUGAAAGAGAGGGACAGAGAGAGAGAGAGAGAGAGAGAGAGCGAGAGAGAGAGAGAGAGAGCAACGACCCUCCGUCACCUGAGAGCCUCGACCGCUUCCUCUCCUCUGACAGCUUUUAUUUAUUUUGUGUCAUUAGAGAUAACUUUGAGUACUUAACACUUCUACUUCAUAUUUAAAGUCACUAACGUCUUCAUUACUAUUAUGCUUUUGUUGCUGUUGUUUUUGUAUUAUACUUUUACAUUUUAAAUGAGACUUUGUUUCUUUAUCUCGGUUUUUUAAGCUAUUUUUUGGUACCUUUACCCCUCCCUUUUCAUUGUGUGAGAAAAUCAGCUUUUAUAUACCACAUCCAACUAGCACCCCGACAAGGCACCCUCCCAGGCCCCUUUAGUUUCAUGACCACGUCCCUGAUCAAUACUCCCCUUCAUUACUCCCCAAUGCCUUCAAUGCCCCUCCCCCAUUACUUCUAGCCUUACCCCUCCCUCCCACAUUCCCCUGAUUUCCCCACAGCAAAAAAAAAAAAUUCAACAGACGGGCUUAGAUGUGCAAGAAGACAUUUGCAUCUUUUUUGAGUGGGGGUGGACGGAGCAAUGGAUGGGUUGGGAGGGGCAAAUAUGGCUUUCUUGAGAUCAAAACACACGAAACCUUUUCAGGGAGCCUGUGGUACACACUCUCUUUCAGAAUACUUCUACAAUAUCGCUUCUUUUGUGUGCAAUUUAGGCUGCACACUCACAAGAAAAACAAGUAAUUUGGCUGAUUUCCAGUCUCUCAAGACACCAUAUUGAAGCACAGCGAGAGUGUGUUACUGACCCCCACAGUGAGAGAGAAGGAUGGCAGGAUUGUUACCGGAAUAUGUGCUGUGUUUCCUGCAUCCUGGAUGGAUAUGAAUCAACACAGUGCAUCUUCUCUCAUAACCCUGCUUUUCUUCGUCCUCACUGAUUAUCUGAUUGGAUCUCUCCCUGCCAUUCUAUUGUUUCCUAUCCUCAGUUUAUUGCUGCCUUUCUGCUCUCUGAAGCUGAGGAGAGGGUCUCUGAUUGGUUGAGGUGACUGGAGGGAGGAACUUUCUCGCUGACAGAUCCCGAGAAACAAUAUAGCUGCAUGUCAGAGCUUGUGUCUGUGUGUGAGUGUGUGUUUGUGUGUGUGUGUGUGUGUGUGUGUGUGUGUGUGUGACUGUUCAGAGUGUGUUGUUUUUGUGUGUGUUGAAGCCAUGGUCCAACAUAAGACCAUGCUGCUUCUGUGUUUGAUGAAAAACUAACCUUUUUUAUUUUUGCGUGAAAAGAUACGCAUUUUUCUUGCUACGAGUCAAGUAUUAUCUGACAAAACAUUACUACUUUCUAUAUGUACUAAAUAUUUGUUUACUGAUCAAGGAAAUAUAAAUUCUAUAAUUUUCCGUGUGUUUACUAUUUGACUGAUAAUUAGUAAUUUUGUAAAAACAAAUUACCCCAUUGUAAUAUGCAAAUUUUACUGUCCAAAGUAUGGCCAACACAAAGUAGCCACAGUCGACAUGACACAUAUUUAAUCCAGGUUAUUGGUGGUCAAUUUGGGUAAAACAUAUGAGCAAUACUUGCAAACCUACAGUACAUAACUGAGCACAAAGAGCAACUCAUUAUUUAAACAAAUGUAUUGGCAUGAGUGUUCCUCCUACAUGUAUUUAUAUCGUGUAUACAGCUGAAAACUCAUGUAGCGAACUAAAGUUUCUCCCAUAACACUCCUCUCCAUCUCUAUCCUCGUACCAUUCAACCAGCAGUAGAUUCAGCCAUUCACCAUUCUGAGCCUAAGUUGUGUCGUCACGAGUCAUCGUUUGUAAAAAGUGAAAUGCAAAAAAAAAUCAAAUAAUAAAAAAAAUUAGAUAAAAAAAAAAAAAAAAAAGAAGUUGAAUACAAAUGUAAUCAUCAUAGCAAUGGCCCCUCUCUGCCUUGCCACCCUUUCCUCCCCCUGAACUCUCCCAACCCCCCACUCAUGAAUCUGUCUGCAACCCUGGGCUAGACCCCAAACCUUCCAUUUGAACCCUGCACACCCUCCACUGACCAUUGACCUCUCCUUUCCCAGGCCACGCCCAUUCCCCCAGCCCAUCUCUGCAUGCGCCACAGAGCCUUGCUGCACUGCUUUUAUUAUUCCAUUUAAAGCUUUUUGGACCAACCCUAAGUCCCGCCCCUACUAUGAUGUCAUCAAGGCAGUGUCAAAAGCUCUGGGACAGGCAGGUGCUAGGUUGAUGACGUGUGCUUGUAAGCAGAUGAUACAGAAGAAGUGAAGGAAAUACUGUGUUUGUAUAUGUUUCUCUGCCUAGAUGACAUCAUGCCUGCCAGCCAACCAACUGUAGAAUGCAAAAAGCAAUGCAAGUGUGGCAUGCCUCUGUACCCGGUGUGUGUACGGUGCCUGCCCUGGAAAAGUGUAGAAAACAAUUUAUAAAUAUAAUAUAUAAAUAUAUAUAUUAUAAAAAAGAAACUGAGCUUCUUUUUUAGAUGAACAUAUUAAAGAAAUGUGUGUUUUCUUUGUAUGGAAAAAAAAAAGAACAACUGUACCAUUUGCAUGAAAUGUGUCUUUGAAUGCAAAUAUAACUUUUAGGGGACAGACUCCUAGCACAUGGCAUACAGUGGAACCAUAGACGUGUAAUUUUACAACAGUUUGUUUCAUUUUUAAAUUAUUUUUAUCCUCUGGAGUCAAAGACAAGGGUGUGAAAUUAGUACCAGACACAAGAGGGCUCCUUAAUCUUUGGGAGGCAGCAAGCCCUUGUGGAUAAGUUGUUUUUCAAUUCUGAGUUUUGCUAAAUUUUAAAAGAGGCGAAUGCUAUUCAGACUGAUUGAUCACUGACUGGUGGAUAGAAAGUUUGUUUCCUUCUUUGGUCACAGUGGGUAUGAGAUCUUCUAUAGAAACCGCUUGUGGAAGAUCAUUAAUGGGUAUUUGAUAUUGGCACAAGAGAACAAGUAUUCCCCUGCAGUAAAUAUUGCUAAAAGUAUGUAAUCUUUCAUUUCAUAAAUGUCAAGUUUAUUAUAUGCAGAUAAUGGAUACAUAGGCAGCAGGAUAGAGUCAGUGUCAAAAGGUCAGACUUUGCUCAGGGCGAUGCUGGUGAUAUCAGUGUUUCCUCAAACUAGUGUCAGAAUCAUGCCAACAAAUCCCUGUUUCUUUGCACCAAACUUUGGAUUAAACUUUCCCCUCUAUAUAUUUUUUAUUUAAGGAUGUAGAUACCACAGACUGCAUAUAAGAAGUGGGACAUACCUUCUACUUAAACCCAUUUUUUUUUCUGGCCAUGUGUUCAAACCAUGUCUAGAGGAGAUUUAGCAAUCGACAGUUUCUUUGUCUUUUAAUGAAAUCAAGAUUAAUUCAUCAAAUAAAGUAAAAGCAGACACAAAGACAGUAAUAUUGGACAAAUACAAAAAAGUCUAAACUGCACGGGAUGCAUCUAACGGGCCGACAUGUGGAGGAUGCCUCACAACACUUUGAUGCGUCUGCUUUGAACUUGGUUGUUGCUGUAGAGUUAAAAGAGGACCACAUUGUGAUGUUUUUGGAGCAACAGAAAACGCUGACAUUACACAACUAAUAAACUAUAGGAUAACAGGUGACAGGAGAUAGAUGACAGAAUCAGACUUCAUAGCAGACUGUAAACCUGUAAAUCUGCACUUAUUUCUGAUCUCACGGUUUCCAAUGAUGCUGUCAGCGUCACUGAGGCUUUAGAUUUUGUCAUAGAAGUUAUAGUAGUUAUAUAACUCGUGUCAGUGAUUGCCGUCAGUGUGUUUAAGCUCAUCCUGUACGACUCUUUAAUAGACCUGGGAGAGGUCUGGAGGUUUAGAGUGAGAGGUGGGCUUUUGCUGAGGUGGAUUGUAAAAUAAACUGUGGUCUGGCGUUUGAUGACAACAUGUGAAGUCUGUCAAAUCUGAGCCAUUUCUGCUUCUGCAAAUGUUUGUUUUAUUGCCAGAUGAAAUUUUAAAUACUCCAUGGUAAUUUUUUUGGGGGGGAUGAAAUAAGUAUCCAUACAAGAACAUUAGCCAAACGAUAUCAUUACGCCUUCGCUAAGGCCUUAUGCACCGGAAUCAAACACUGGAGUUGUCAUAUCGCGUGGACUGCAUGGCUUUGGGUACCUAAAGGGUGGAUUUUGAAUUGUAAAGAUGAAGUGCACUGACUUACUAUAAUGCAUUUAUUUCAAGUCCGAGCAAUGUCUGUUUUUCUACUUCAUGUGGAUGCUAUGCCCUGUAAACUCUCACCUCCCGUUGAAAACACAUAACUUCAUGUUAGAAUGUAGUCGUCAAACCGAAUGCAACUCCUACCAGAGUGUGUAAAUGAAGUUACAAACCUUUCCUCGGAAAUGUUUUGCUGAUGUACAAUCCAAGAAAAAAAACAAACAACUUUUUUUUUUCAUUUGCUUUUCUGUGAUUUGUUUGAGUGCGAGUGUGUUGAGAGGAUUGAGAAGGUAUGCUGCAUAAAGGCCUCGAAUGAUGAGGAGGCUCUUUUAAGUCAUGAGUGCUUUACAACCCAAAAAAAUGAUCAUGUGAUGCCCGAGCUGAGGCGACUGAAAGCCGACGCUACAACUUCAGCAGUGAUUCAAAGUUUAACAAAGAAUUUCUCGCGGUUAAACCAGCCAGACGGUAAAAAAAACAAAGCAGUAUUUGUCACGAUCAAUAUUUCAUUCAGUUUAUCUACUGGUGAAGACGCAUUAAAAGUGCACAAAUGUACAGCUCCUGUGGAUGUGUUGUGUUCCUCUGAUGGUGUGUGUCCUCAGGGGGGGGGGGGAACACUCACAGGCAUGAAUGUAAACUGCCAACAUUUACGGUCUUAGAAAGAUUUCUGUUUUAAAUCUUUCCUGGUUGUUUGUUUUACUUUGUGAAUGAGAAGAAUGACGAUGGGGGGAAAAAAAGGAUGAAAAGCAGCUUUGUGUUCUUUCAUUCAGUGACUAAACCACUGCAUUAGAUGUUAGACAUUCUGUGUAAUUGUAAAUAGCCGUAUCUCUACACAUUGUAAUUGUAUUAUUUUUUACUGCAACCUGUCUUCUUUGCUGGAUUUAACCGACCCGAUGGAGUUCAUUUUUUUUUUGUCUCAGAAGAUGGCUAUCGUCUGGAAUGUUCCACCUAACGAGGAGGGCGAGGGGUGAGGGAGGAAUGUGCCACAUUGGCAGUUAAACAGGGGGCUGGGGGGCUGGGGGGGGGGUUGUGUGGGCGUGUGGUGGGAGAAGGUCUGUGGCCACAGAGCUCCAAAGCAUGGACUCCCUCUCUCUCUCUCUACCUCUGGUGAGGACUUCGCUCCACUGUGGCAAAAAUACAGAAGGACUCACUCUGGACUGAGGCCACAGGUGCCAAGAACACAAAAGCACUUGUAGCACAACUGUGUCUUGUUUUGCUAUUACGGUACAGAUAGUUUGAUUUUUUUACCUUUCCUAUGAAGAAAAUGGAUUCCAGUUUCUCUUUCACCUGUAUUAUGGAUUGUACGCAUCAUAGGCAGAUAUACAAUCCACCAUGUUCGCACUACGACCCACAGCUAUUUUUGGAGAUGAAUAUUUGCCAAAGGUGACAGUACUGGUAAUUGCUGCGUUUUUGGUCCCUUAUGUGGCUGCUUUGUUUCAACACAAUCCUGUACUAACUUGGUAUUCUUCAACAAAAAUCCUCCCCCACGUGCCAUCCAAUCAAGCAAUAAAUACAAAA